AAAUGACGAUUGUCAAUGCAUGCGACAUUUUAAAGAAAACUUUGAACAAAGCUAGAAUGUUUAACAAUACGAGUUUCUGGGUAGAUUUGAAUGCUACAUGAAAAUAGCUAUUUUCCGAUUUCAUUUGCCGCACAUCUUUAAGCUCAAGGUGGGUUGUUUUCAUUAUAUAAUACAUAAUGCUUUGGUACACACAAAGAACGUGUGUUGUAAAAAAACAUUGCCUUUAUUUAUUAUUUGUAAAAAACGAAAUUGCGCUAAUCUGUUUUGGAAAGCAGUCAUUUAAAAUCAUCUUUUGAUAAGACAUGUUGAGGAGAUGCACAUCAAAUGUAUAAGAUGGAUUUCUACAUGUCGACUAAAGAAGCAUUGGCCCGUAUUCACGGAUCAUAAGUAACCAGCCAAUGUCUUUAUAUUUACUCAACCAAUCAAAUAGCCAUUCACUUGUCAUAUGGUAUAUAUCUACGGAUGUGCGUUUGUAUGUGUAAGACGGCAAAUGUGAAUAUGGCACUUCAUAGUCUGCCACUAGUCCGCAGAAUCAAAACAAUAACAACGUAACAUCACGUUUAGAUUGAUUUACAAUCAUUUAGGUAUGCGUAUUACCUUACUCAAUUAUUAAUACAUAAAAACAGCCCCUCAAACCUUCACCGUUAAAAGUGUAUACACGGAAGGAAUCAACUCAUCUAGUUUAGGUUUCGUUUUGAUGAAUUCAAAAGGACUGUACUGUUACCCUGUAGGUGAAAACACGCUUAGGAACAGUGGGAAGAAAAUAAAUUCUAACAGAAAGAAAUGUACAGCAGAUCCAGACUCUUGAGUCUUCAGACACACACACACACAAAAUAACCUUCACAUCUUCAAGUUACAGCACUUGACCCCUCUGCCCCGGGGUUUCUCUCUUUAGUAAUACCUUACACUUUUAUGUCUGCACCUCCAUCUCCCUUCAUGUCAUCAUUAUUCCUCUGCUUUUCUCACAGUCGUCUCUUGUUCGUAUCAUUGUAUUUCUGGGGAUUCUGUUCCCACCUCUCUGCCAAGCUGGAUUUCCUUCAGGUGAAGCAUCUGAAGAGAAAGAGGAAGAGCAACUACAGUGUGAGAGAAACUCAGACUCUGAUCCGAGAGAUCCACAAGAGGAGGGAUGUGCUGUUUUCAAGACAGCAGAAUACGGCCAUUAAUGAGCUGAAGAGACAAGCAUGGGAGGAAGUGGCGCGAGGUGUCAACUCUCUAGGUGAGGGUGAGCUGCGAACUGCUGCCGAGGUGAAGCGACGUUACCUGGACUGCCGUGCACUGAUGAAGAGGAAGCAGCUCCAGGCAGAACUCUCUCUCUCCUCCUCCUCCUCAUCAUCCUUGGUUCUAAAGACAGAGUAUGACGAUUCGUCCCCUGUGCACGAGGCAGUGCCUCUGGGAUCCGGGUGGGAUCAGCUGCAGGACCUUUCAGGCUUCCCAAAGGACAGUCAGUGUGACUGGCCAGAGCUGAUGCCUCUGAGCGAGCCCAACGGCCACGCUCUGAUAACGCCGGCGGACAUGAAAAUGGAAAAUGAUGUCACAGAGUACAGACUGGAUGGAGAUGUGGGAGACGGAGAAGAAGAAAUUGAUGAAGAUGACAUCCCCUCGCUCCUCAGCGACAUCGAGUCUCACAGCGAGGGGCAUGUUGGUGAUGUGUAUUUACACAACGGCGUGGACACGCUCGGCUCCUCCGCCAAGGCUCCGACAUCGACCACCAACAGAGACCUGCCGACGGCUCACGUGGAAACAGAACGUCUGGACGUGGAGAAAGAGCGGCUGGCGGUAGAGAAGGAGCGACUUCAACACGUAGAAGUGGAGAGGGAACGUCUGCAGCUGGAGAAAGAGAGGCUUUUGGUGGAGAGAGAGAGACUGCGGCUUCUGUUCCUGAGUCACUCCGAACUUGUGGACUCCUCUUCUAACCUGCCGUCGCAGCAGGGCCCGCCUUCAUCGUCCACGCCCUCGUCAUCCUGUACUCAGAGGGAGAGGGAGAGCGAUGGAGAGAGGUGGACGAGAGCGGUGGACCUGGAGACGGAGAGGAUGAAACUGGAGAAGGAGAGGCUGCAGCUGGAGAAAGAGAGACUCCAGUUUUUCAGAUUUGAAGCCAGCAGAUUGCAGAUAGAGAGAGAACGCCUCCAGGUGGAGAAGGAGAGAAUGCAACUGCUCAGAGAUCACCAGAGUCACUGAGCAAAAAAAAGUCUGUGAGAAGGUGGAGAGUGGAAGUUAUGAAUAAAUUACAUAUGAUUACACUUCUUGGAUUAGUAAUUAAAUAAAUAAAAAAAGAUUCAGCGUUUGCUUCGGCAUCUGCUCCUUAAUCAGUUCAAUUUGUCACACACACACACACACAUCGUGAGGAGGGUGUGAGCUAUUUAGAUGAUUGAGACUGAAUAACAUUUGGCCAAUGACAGGACAGAGAUUAAGGGUUGUUGUAUUUAUGACCAGGAUACUUCAUCAGUGCCUCGUUAUGUCUUUAAUAAAAAACGUGACUAGACACUGAAGGUGCCGUGAAAACAACAUCUCGUCCAGUGUUAUCCUGUUAAUGUCUAAUUAAAGUGAAUAUUUAGUAAAUACGCAUUUGAUUUUAUCAUUAAAAAUGCAAUUGUUAUUGUUUAACAAAAACUAAAUAUACACAAAACCAAAAAUGUUUGAAGUGAUUCGGGUGGUGCGACGCUAAUUUUAAGUGACGGACCUGGACCGCAGGCAGGCCAGUCCAGCACAAACAGUCUUUGCCUACACUUUUGUAAUCGUAGCGUCCAAGUGGCUACGGCUGUCAGAGCAGCAUUUUCUUUUACACAGUUUUCCGUCAACAUUUGAAAUGAUCAACUGUGACGUGUGUUGCAUGACUUUACAGGGAAGCAGACAAUAAUAAUAAUAAUAAUAAUGGAAUCCUUUGCUAAAUACCUGUAUACGAGUGUCCCUUAUUUUAUAUUUUGUUAAUUUCCACUGGUAUUCUGCAGCACCGCACUCUUGUAGAUUGGACUGUUGUUAAGCCCCGCCCCCUAUGUCACCGAAUUCACAGCUACAUCAACAAAUCUCCACUAAACUUUAUUUAAAAAUAAUGUAACUUUUACAGUUACAAAUCAGUGCAACUUUCCCACUGUGAAUUAAUACAUUUAUUGUUUAAAUUUGCAAUAUCUCCAUGCACCCUGUGGGUGCCCCCGCCCUCACUGACCCCUGGGAACCGCUGACCGUAAACGUAUCCUGUUUAUGACACAUAUUUUAUCUUCAGUCAAAUUUGUAAAGGCCCAAUGUACAGCACAAUACACAAAUAUAACUGCCUUUAACCCUGCUAUACUUCACUACUACUCUGUGUAUUUGUAACUGUACCACUUCAUACAGUUCUUGUGUAUUUGUGCUGCUGACUGCAUGUACUGUAGGUUUAAGUAAACAUGAUUUUCAGACAGAUUUUGUGUCGGUGAAAACUGAAUAAAACAUGUAUCAUUCAAUAAAGGUAUUUCUAAAAUAGUGUUUUGAUAUUUAUUUUGUACAACAAAGCUGAUCAUCGUUUGUGAUUUGAUUGUCUUUCCCUCCUCCGAGGUUAUUUAAUGGCUGUAAUAUUGAUUUUUAUAUACUUAGAUGACCUUAGUCACAUCACAUGAAAGGUUUGAUUUGACUUGCCGGCAGUCAAGCACACACUCUGUAAAUAUAUGGGAUCAUGUCAAGUGUAUAUUCCUGCAAUAAAAAAAAAGAACAAAUAGCUAAGGAUUACUUAUAUUUUUAAAGUGUUAUUAAAGUUUUAGCUAAAUUGUCACAGUGAGUGGAGGGUAGGAUCUGCACUUAUGGGAUUAAAUAGGCUGUCAAAUACUUUAAAAAGCACUCUGGGGAUGUUUAUACCCAGCUGAAAUACAUUUAAGAGUGUGUACUGAAGUGUUGCCUUUUCAGCCUGCAGGAAUAGAGUGAAUGUUAAUUUAAUGCAUUUUUUUUUUUAAGGAUGAGAGGUUUCUGGUGGCAACGCAGCAAAUAUCCAAUUUUUCACUCAAAAAGAAAGUUGAAUAUUUAUGAGCUUUAACUCCAAGGAAGUUUGUUCCAUUUGAUUUGCGGAAAUACAUUUCAUCCCAUUGGUCUGCUAACUGUGUGCUAGUUGCGACACGGAAUAAUCUGCAUGAAGGAUGUGGAUGAGGCCAUAGCAAACUGGCCUAGACUAGCCCGUUUAC